AACCGUCAUCACCUUCUGUUUGCUAAGCAGCUACCAGGACGGGAAAGAUGGUGUUAUGAUGGACGCGGACCACAACCUGUGCUGAAUAACACGCCCGGUAUAUCACGAAAACCCCUUAAAACCGCAACCAUGUUUGGUCGGUCACGGAGCUGGGUUGGAGGACAAGGGAAAGCGAAAAACAUCCAUUCUCUGGACCAUUUGAAGUAUAUGUACCAUGUCCUGACCAAAAACACCACUGUGACAGACCACAACAGAAACCUUCUAGUGGAGACCAUCCGCUCCAUCACGGAGAUCCUUAUCUGGGGUGAUCAGAAUGACAGCUCUGUGUUUGACUUCUUUCUGGAGAAGAACAUGUUUGCCUUCUUCCUGAACAUCCUGCGUCAGAAGUCGGGACGUUACGUGUGUGUUCAGCUGCUCCAGACCCUCAACAUACUGUUUGAGAACAUUAGCCACGAGACUUCCCUGUAUUAUCUGUUGUCGAACAACCACGUGAACUCCAUCAUCGUCCACAAAUUUGACUUCUCAGACGAGGAGAUCAUGGCCUACUAUAUCUCCUUCCUCAAGACCCUGUCACUCAAACUGAACAACCACACGGUGCACUUCUUUUAUAACGAGCACACUAAUGACUUUGCCCUGUACACCGAGGCCAUUAAGUUUUUCAACCAUCCAGAAAGCAUGGUCCGCAUCGCAGUCCGCACCAUCACACUCAACGUCUACAAAGUGGACAACCAGCACAUGCUGCACUACAUCCGAGAUAAGACGGCUGUGCCAUAUUUCAGCAACUUGGUCUGGUUUAUCGGCAGUCAUGUGAUCGAACUGGACAAGUGCGUGCAGACGGAUGAAGAACACAAGAACAGAGGAAAGUUGAGUGACCUUGUAGCCGAGCACCUCGACCACCUCCACUACCUGAACGACAUCCUCAUCAUCAACUGUGAAUUCCUCAACGACGUUUUGACGGACCACCUCCUCAACCGCCUCUUCCUGCCCCUCUAUGUCUACUCCUUGGUCUGCCCGGAGACGUCUGAAGACCGAAGGAUCAACCCCCAGGUUUCCCUCUACCUGCUGUCUCAAGUGUUUCUGAUCAUCCACUAUAAGCCAAUGGUCAACGCUCUGGCCGACGUCAUCCUCAACGGAGACCUGUCCGUCUUCACCCCGCAGACAGACCUGCACAGCACACACAAGAACACGGCCAAUGCAGGAGGUGUGCGUAGGUUCACAAAGCCCCUAGAGUCCCUCGAGCGCUCUCUGGAGUUGUCCCGCCACCGUGGCCGCAAGAAAACGCAGAAGAGACCAAACUACAAGAACUUGGGCGAGGACGAAGAUGACGAGAGGGCUGGGGGAGGGGGAGGGGGAGGGGUCGGAGGUGGAGGUGGCGGCGCAGGAGGAGAGGAGGGCUGGGACGACGAAGGCAGAGGAGGAGAGCGCGAAGGAGGCCGAGAGAGGGAGAAGGGAAAAGGUACAGAGGGAGUAGGAGGAGGAGGAGGAGGUGGGAGUUCUAAGGGAAGCAGAGCGAGUGGGGAGACGGCGGAAGAGAUAGAGAUGGUGGUGAUGGAGAAGUGUAAGGUGUCAGAGCUGACCGAGCAGAACAUCACUGAUGAAGAGAAGACGGCUGCAGCCACCCGCACGCACAUGCAGAGGAGCAGGUACACAUAUACACUGUCUGAACUACCGUUCUUGGACAUGGUGUAUAGCGCUCUGGACUGCACCAGUGAUGACUACCACGCUUUGUUUGUCCUCUGUCUACUUUACGCUGUGUCGCAUAGCAAAGGUAUAAACAGAGAUCUUCUAGAGCGUCUGCAGCUGCCAGUUCCUGACCAGGAGAGGAGCUCCUACAGCCUGGUGCUGUCAGAGAGACUCAUCAGAAUCAUGAACCAGGCAGCACAGCCAGAUGGUAAAGUGCGUCUGGCUACGCUGGAGCUGAGCUGCCUUUUGCUAAAACAGUCCGUGCUGUCUGGGAGCGACUGUAUAAUCAAAGAUGUUCACCUGGCCUGCCUGGAGGGUGCUCGGGAGGAAAGUCUGCAUCUACUGCGAAGAUUCUAUAAGCAUUUCAUGUCCUCACAGGGCGAAGAGAUCUUUCUGGAUAUGUUUGAGGAUGAGUACAGGAGCAUGACGAGCAAACCUUUGAACGUGGAGUAUCUAAUGAUGGACGCUUCAAUACUGCUGCCACCCACCGGCACCCCUCUGACGGGCAUCGACUUUGUCAAGAGGCUGCCCUGUGGGGACGUGGAGAAGACACGCAGGGCUAUCCGCGUGUUCUUCAUGCUGCGGUCCUUAUCGCUUCAGCUUCAGGGAGAACCGGAGACGCAGCUGCCUCUGACCAGACCUGAAGACCUCAUCAAGACCGAUGACGUGUUAGACCUCAAUAACAGUGACCUCAUAGCCUGCAUGGUGGUGAGCAAAGAUGGCGGCCAGGCCCAGAGGUUCCUGGCAGUGGAUGUGUACCAGAUGAGUCUGGUCGAACCGGAAACCAAACGCCUCGGAUGGGGGGUCGUCAAGUUUGCUGGCCUUCUCCAAGACAUGCAGGUGUCUGGGGUUGAGGAUGACAGCAGAGCGUUGAACAUCGUCAUCCAUAAGCCCAGCUCCAACCCCCACGCCAAGCCCCUCCCCAUCCUGCAGGCCAACUUCAUCUUCGCUGACCACAUCCGUUGCAUCAUCGCCAAGCAGAGGCUGGCCAAAGGUCGCAUCCAGGCCCGCCGCAUGAAGAUGCAGAGGAUCGCAGCUCUGUUGGACCUGCCCGUGCAGCCCAGUGCGUCAGAGGUGUUGGGCUUCGGCCAGACGGCCAACGCUUCGCCCAGCGGCCUGCCAUUCCGUUUCUAUGAGCAGUCGAGGCGGGCGCCUAACGACCCCAUGGCGAAUAGAUCGGUCUUCGCCUCGGUGGAUAAAGUUCCAGGGUUUGCAGUGGCUCACUGCGUGUCGCAGCACAGUCCCUCACCCCUCUCCUCCCCCUCGCCUCCCUCCAGUGGGAGUGGGAGCACAGGAAGAUGUGACUCUGUAACCGCGAGCACGAUAUCAGCUCAGAGCCCCACAGAUGAUGGCACAUUUCUUGAGAACACCCCGCCCUCCUCCUCAGGCGGUGAAGGUGGAGAUUUAACGACAGUGUGUUCUCCUCCCUCCGCUCCAGUCUCAGCUCCCACCUUGGCGCCGAGCCUCACCCCGGCCUCCCAGCCCACCAUCUCCCUCCUGACCGACAGCACAGCAGACGCCCUCAGCGUGGAGUCGCUCACUCUCCUGCCCCCGACGGACACGCCGCACCUGCACCCCAUCGCCAGCCUCGUUUCAGCAACGAUCUCCUUCCAGAGACCAGGCGCCUCCAUCGCAGAAGAGGAGGAGGAGGAGGAGGAUGGUGAUGGAGAGAAAAAAACAGAGGAAGAGGAGCUGCAAGAGGAAGAGGGGUCGCCACUGGAUGAGACGGAGACAGACGCAACAGUAAAGGAGGAGACCACCACGACAGAGUUGGCCACGCCCACUGAUGAGGGCUUGGAGGAGCCAGAGGGUGAAGACAUCCCUCUUGAGGUAAAUACAGAGCAAGUCACAGAAGGUGACGAGUCACCAGCUGCAGAGACAGAAGAUGCAGAGAGACACACUGAAACACCAGACUCGCAGGAAUUGGAUUAAGCAACUCAUGUUCAUGCACUGAAACCGCUCUCUCUCUCACACACACACACACACACACACACAGAGGUAAACUAAACUAUCCAGUUCAGCUGCAGUAUAUCAUUAUUCUGGGACCUGCAGGCAGUGUGACAUCUGAAAGUCUGAGCGUCUUUUGAAGGCGUCAUAUCGUUUGUGUUUGCUCAUGAAGAAGGAUGAAACACACACCUGAGGAACUAGAGGAUGGCUUAAAGCACAUUUAUGUUUCUCUGCACUUCAGUUUUAGUGAGCGUGUGUGAGGACACGCAACCAGCAACGUUUUUUACUCAUUCUGAUCGAUUGUCAGCUCAGACACACACACACGCUGCUGCUGCUGCUUCAACCACUUGUGAGAUUCUAAAAGACGGCUUCUCGUUCUGUGUCUUGUGUUCAAAGAGCAUUUCAGCACUCCUGUUGGUGCACACGCACUGCUCACAGACACACACUGAGACAGCUGCACUCGCCUUCCAACACCUGUAUGUGAGACCUGUUAGCAGUCACUGCCAUCGGGUGUGUGUGUGUGUGUGUAAGGCUCAAAUGAUUCAGCUGCCUCAUAAGUGUGUGCUGUCUGCAUUAUGUUGAGUUUCUCUUGUUCCACAUCUCAAGAAAUGUUCCAUACUUUUCCCGCUUAUAGUUCUGUCAAUUAUUGAAAAUGCAUAAAUAAUCUGCAGCACCUUUUAAUGCAGAAACAAUUAUUUUGAUGUUAAACAUAUGCAUGAGUUUAACACAGGUCGCUAACAAGUAUUUUUUUUCCAAAUAUGCAAUAGUAAUCAACACAUUUUGACAUCAUUGGAUUGGCUUUCAUUUAGAAUAGGUGUUUAUCCACAAAAUCCACCAAUCGGCAACCUGAGCGACCGAAUAAAUGAUGCAGAAGAUUUUAAAGGAGGAAAGACGGCUGAAUUGCAGGCACACUAGUUAUACAUAACGGAUCGCUGCUCACUGAGAGUAGUAGUAAAUAAUUAAGCGGGGAUCUCUCAGUCUGUGCAGGCAGUCAUUCAAUCUCUUCAUCUAGCAUUACAGAGCGUAACAACACAGGUAUGCUGCUGUUUCACUCAUAGGACAAGUGGAGUUCUGUUGAUAUAUUUUAUAACAUAUAUUCUAGCUUGAUGAAAAGAAUAGCUGAUGAUGAUCUGUGUUCAACACUAAAUGAACGGGGGGGGGGGGGGGGUAGUCAUUUAGACCUGCCUUUAUCUGUUUAAACAUGCAGUAACACCAGGCUAGUAAAAGGGACUGGGCCUUAAAGUGGGAGGGGCUUAUAUUUGAAUUUGAAAGUUUUAAUUGGUUUCAACUGAAAUAACAUCUGUACCUUCAGGUCUGCACUCCCCCACAACACCUCUGGGUUGAGUGUAGCUGCUCGUUUCCCCUCACUCUCUUGAACAUCCUCUGCAGUCUGGAACAUUCAAAGUCUAGUAAUCCAUCUCCAGACGCACUCAUUAAAAUGUUCCUCUUCUUUGGAGGAAAUACAUUUGUAAGGAAAGUACUCAAGUUAUCCGGAAAAGUAAAACGACGUGUUUGGAUAGAAGAAACGGAAAUUGAAAACGAUUACCCCAAGAAACGUCCGCUCUCGUGGGAGUUUAAACGUUUUUGAUUUUUCUUUCGAUGCCGAUGAGGUCAGCGUCUCGGGACAAACCCCUCCUCACCCUCCUCCUUUUAAUCAUCCCAAUAAAGCUUUACUACUGCAAUACUCUUUAAGAGCUAACCAAUGACGGGGAGAGAGGAAUGUAACAGACAACUUAUCUCUCCAAACUGCGGCGAUCAAUUAGAAUGGCAUGCGUGUAUUUGAUUCAUGAUUGAUUUGUAACUCUUAGGAACGAAGCACAGGCAGAGAUUCGUUAGGACAUACUGUCCGUUCCCCCGUCAUGUCGUCUUCUUAAUCCUUUUAUUCAUCUUUGUCUCUCAGUCUUUUGCUUUUCUAGAUCUCGUUCUUUUUUUUUUCUGUGCCAUUGAGCUUAAGUCUUAACGCUUCAUCGUUCUUAUUUUUUUAACACUGUACAGUCAUCAACUCGUUUAUAAAGGAGACAUUCAGAGCAAUACUCUUUCUCUUGGGGUCUGUCUCUUAGUAUUUCCAUCGUGCUGCUGUAAAUAGCAGAAGAAUGAUAGUGAUGAUCACUGAAGAAGCUCGGGAAAGUUUGGACAGCAGCUGUUGAUCGAUUGAGAGGGGGGGAGGGGGGUAAAAUGGCUUAGUUUGACGACAAGAUGGCGGCGUUUUCCCUGCAACGCUCGGCAGCUUCUCUCCAAACAUGCCAUGACAAGCUUCUAUUACCAAGUCUGCGAUUGUAGUGUGUGUGUGUGUGUGUGUGUGUAAAGUGCUACAUUUGUAUGCUUUGUAAAUGCUUUUGGCUUUUAAACCUGUAAUUAUUGUUAAUGAACUUAAACAGAGGAAUAAAUAAAGAUCUGCAAUAAAUUAUUCUACUAAACAAUG